AUGCGAAGCAAACUAGAGAGUGAUUCUGAACCGAAAACAACAUCAUCCAACAACACUACCAAUGGUACCCAAGAAGCAGAAGAACAACAGUUUGAUUAUGUCGAGAAGGAAAUUGACGAAGAUUUAAUUUGUUCCAUUUGUUUACUUCCUUUCGUUGAUCCAAUUUCACAUAAUUCUGAUGCAUGUGGAAAUACUUUCUGUUUGAAAUGUGUUGAAAAGGUUUCGGAUUGUCCAAUGUGUAGAGAGGUUGAUUUUAAGAAGAAUUGUUCUAGUGCUAAAACUAUUGCCAAAUUGUUGGACAAAUUGAAGGUCAAGUGUGGAAUGUGUAAGAACAUUGUGUUGAGAGGUGAAUUAAAAGUACAUCAGGAAAAGUAUUGUCCUCUUCAUGAAGCUUAUCAACAAGUGGAAGAAUUCAAGAAGAAAUUGGAACAAGAAUUCCAACAAAAGUCAGAAAAACUUCAAAGAGAACAUGAAGAAUUGAUAGAAAUUGUCAAAGCUGAGAUGGAACAACAUUUGAGAGAGGCUAAAGAGAAUUUGGCAAAACUUGAAGAAAAUCUUUUACAACAAUUCAAAAAGAAGGAAGAAUUGUUGGAAAGUAACAUGAAGGAACGUGAAAGUAGAAUAUUGACAAGAGAAAAACUUGAGAAUAGCAACAAACCAAUUCAUAUAAAUGUCAGAGGAACAAUCAUGACAGUUUCAUUGGGUGAUUUCAUUCAUAAUGAAAGAGAAUCUGAUAAUUUAUUCAAGAAAAUGUUCACAGGUCAACAUCCAUGUUAUCAAACACCUUCCAAGCAAUUUGAUGACUCAAUUUAUUUCAUUGAUUGUGAUCCAAAUGUUUUCAAACAUAUGAUUGAAUGGUUACAAUAUGGUGAGAUUGCUGAAUUGAGUAAUGAUAUGAGACGAUCAGUUUUAAAUGCCUGUAAAAAGUUUGGAUUGACAAAUAUGUCAAACGACUUAUCAGAAAGUAUUAACAAAGAAAGUAAUUCAAAACAAAUCAUGCCAAUGUCACAAUUUGACUUUAUGAACAUUGUUAAUCUUACCAGAAGUCAAAAGAGUGCUUUGAAUUUGAGUGGCCUCGAUUUACGUAAAUUGGUUAUUAACAAUACAAAUUUAGAAAAAUCAGAAAUUAUUGGAUCUGAUUUCAGUGGAAUGAAUUUGAAACAAACCAAUUUCAAAGGAAGUAAUUUGAGAGGAUGUAAUUUCAGUAAUUGUGAUUUGACAAGUGUAAACUUACAAGAGUGUGAAUUAGAUGAUUGUAAUUUCUCAAAUGCAAUUUUGGGUAAAACUAAUUUUUCCAAAUCAAGCUUGUUGAAUAUCAAUUUAUCAAAUGCCAUUUAUAAGGAAACAAAGUUUAUUGGAGCUAAAUUUGAGAAUGUUACAGGCUUCCAAAAUAGAAAGCUCGGUUCAUUAGAUUUCUCCAAUUCAUCUUUCAAAUCAAUUGAGUUUUGCAAUUCAGAUUUGUCAAAUUCAAACUUUACCAAUUGUAAUGCAAUUGAUUGUAACUUGGAAAGUACCAUCUUGCGCAAAACAAACUUUGAAAAAUCACAAUUCGAUAAUUGUAGAUUCAAUAACAAGUGUAAAUUUGAAGAAACCAGUUUUAAAAAUAGUUCCAUGAAGAAUGUUAGUGGUUUAAUUGGAAUUGAUUUGGUUAGAGUUGACUUGUCCAACUGUAAAUUAACCAAAACAGAUUUUACAGUUUCUUAUAUUUUUGAAACUAAUUUUCUUAAUUGUAACUUUUGUAUGGAAGUAUUGAGAUCCAAACACAAUAUUAUUUCUAAUUGUGAUCUUUCAGGAUUAUUUUUAAAUGGAGAUUUUACAGGAUUCAAAUUUGAAAAUGUUAAAUUUACAAAUACAAAUAUUGAGAAAUCGAAGUUUGAAAAUUCAACAUUUGUAAAAUGUAAAAUUCAAAUGAACUUUAAAAAGGACUCUUUACAACAUUGUAAUGUUAUUGAAUGUGAUUUUAAUGGCUCAAUAUUCGAAGAAAUUGAUUUUACUCUAAUCCAAGCCAAUUUAGAAACCAACUCUUUUAAUAAUUGUGUUUUUAAGAAUGCAGAUUUGAGAGAAUUGAAAGAUUUAUCAAAAUUCCUAGGAUCUACAUUUGAUGCAUGUUUAUUUAAUUUUAAAGAAUUUACAAACAAACACAUUCAAAAAAUUCAUUUCCAAAAUAUUAACUUACAGGAUUUAGGAGGAUUUAAAUUUUCUGCCAUUACUGUGGAUAUUCCUUGGUUUAAUUUAUUAUCUUCCUCUGUUAUUGUUAAUAGUUGUGAUAUUGCAAUUGGCUGUGAAUUAUAUUCAAACACUAAAAGUAAAUCAAUUCCUCAAUUAUUAUACAGAGGAUCGAGAGAUGGAUUCAAAGCAGAACAUUUUCAUUCAAAAUGUGAUAAUCAAGGUCCAACAUUAACAAUUAUCAAAUCAGAACACAAUCAAAUAUUUGGCGGUUUCACAUCAAAAUCUUGGAGAUCCCGAAGUGGAGAAUGUGUCACAGAUUCAUCAGCAUUUAUUUUCAAAAUUACAGAUUCAAACGGAAGUUAUCAAUUCGAACACUUCAAAAUCCAACGAGAGGAAAAUGCCAUUCUGGUAAACCAGUAUUAUUUGGCAUUGUUUGGUGCUGACAUUCAGAUUGAGAGUGAUUGUAAUUUGAAUUACAGGUCACGUUCAAACUUGGGCAGUUAUUAUGAAUUACCAAAAGGUUACCAAAAGGGAAGUAAUGAAGCAAAUAAUUACUUGGCAGGAAGUUACUACUUCAAGGUUUCAGAAAUUGAAGUUUUUAAAAUUAACCAAUAAAAAUAAUUGAAUCAUUUC